GGGUCAAAGUUCAAAGUUCAACAUAGCUAUCGCAUGCCCUGCGUUCGCCGACAAUGGCUAAACAUCAUCCAGAUUUGAUAUUUUGUAGAAAACAAGCCGGUGUCGCUAUUGGAAGAUUGUGCGAGAAAUGUGAUGGAAAGUGUGUGAUUUGUGAUUCGUAUGUGAGGCCGUGCACGCUGGUGCGCAUCUGUGACGAAUGCAACUACGGGUCCUACCAGGGGCGCUGUGUCAUCUGUGGAGGUCCUGGUGUGUCUGAUGCUUACUACUGCAAGGAGUGCACCAUCCAGGAGAAAGAUCGAGACGGAUGCCCCAAGAUUGUGAACCUGGGCAGCUCAAAGACUGACCUGUUUUAUGAACGGAAGAAGUAUGGGUUCAAGAAGAGGUGAAGACAGGACAGUCUAACAUGCUUUGCUUCAGGUUUUUUUUUUACUUUUCUUUUUGUAAACAUGUUUUGACAAUACAAUAAAGCCUUUUAUAUUA